GCCCCCCGAGCGGCCUUUGCCCUCGUGGUCGCUCUGACGCGGCAGAGCUUUGCGCCCGACGCUACAUUGAGGAGAGCGCGAGGCCCCGAGGCGUGAGGCGAGCAGCUCCUCCGCCUUCCCCGCCCUCGGCUGCAGAGCGUCUUCCCACCAGCGCAUAGAUAGCGGCCUUCGCAGUGGGGGAGGAGCUGGAGGGGCGGCUUUUUAAACGGAGGCAGGAGCAGGUUGAAUUGCGAGGGCAGGAGCGGCAAGGUUGAGAGUGUGGGAGAUCGAUGGGGGAGCAGGCAGAGCUACUUACGGGGCUCACCUUUUCGGGGAGCUGAAUUCGAGGCACCGUCUACCAAAGGAUUGUUUGACGCCAGAAUUUGAGUGGCUUUCCUCACUGAUUGCAGCAGCACCAGACAGCAGGAGGAGAUGGCAUCUCUCUCGCAUUUCUUACUGAUCCCCACACGCCUGAUGCUGAAGGUCUUUAAUGUUAUGUCCCGGCUGUCUAUGUAUAGUGCCGCUUUCCUUGCUGCUGUCUUCUACUGUUGGUGGGCCCUAUGGCAGGUGGUGUCUAGGGGCCCUUUCCAGGUGCUCCGCAAGAAGAGGCGGGCGACUCCACCAAGAUGCCUCACUGAUGCCUCGCAUGGGGAGCACAGCUUUGUGACGCUAAAAAACUCAGGGCUGCGUCUUCACUAUGUUGCUGCUGGCGAGGAAGGAGCCCAGCUGAUGCUUUUCUUGCAUGGAUUUCCCCAGAACUGGUUUGCAUGGCGCCAUCAAUUGCAGGAGUUUAAGCGGGCAUUUAAGGUGGUGGCCCUUGAUUUGCGGGGCUAUGGCUUUUCCGAUGCACCAGCUGGUUCUGAGCACUAUCAGAGGGAAACUCUGCUGGCAGAUGUACAUGGUGUCAUUGACGCUCUGAGCCCCAGCGAGAAGAAUGAGAUUUCUAAGUGCAUCCUGGUGGGGCAUGACUGGGGUGGAUCCAUAGCUUCUGAGUUUGCUGCCUGUUACCCCAAUUUGGUGGAGAAGCUUAUUAUUAUGAAUGCUGUUCAACCACAUGUUUUAGCAGAAUAUUUUUCACAAUAUCCCACCCAGCUGCUGCGAUCCAACUACAUGUUCCUGUUCCAGCUGCCAAAGCUGCCAGAGCUCCUGUGGUCCUUAGAUGACUUCUAUCUAAUAAAGUCUGUUAUGACUAGCAAGAAGACUGGGGACCAGAAUCAUUUGACAGAGGAGGAGUUGGAGGCUUAUCUGUAUGGCCUUUCGAAGGACAGAGGUCUAGAACCACCCAUGAAUUACUACAGGAACAUGUCCACUUGGGUUCGUGCAAAGCGCAAGGAUAUUGUGGUGCCCACCCUGCUGAUCUGGGGAGAAAAUGAUGUAUUCUUGGAACAAGGGCUUAUCGUACCUAUGGAGCAGAAUGUGUGCAAGAACAUCAAGGUGCAGCGCAUCCCUGAAGCUGGCCACUGGGUCAGUGAGGAGCAACCUAAAAAAGUCAAUCAACUGAUGUGGGCUUUCCUCCUUCAGAGAGACUGAGACGGAAAAAGGGAGUGACUCCUCUGUGCACUACAAGCAUCCCUACCACCCAGCAUGCUGGAAAUUACAAGAACAGCCAUUUGACCUGACACUGGAGAUCUGGUCCUUCUCUGUGUCCGGUGGAAUGUUUCUACCCUAUAUUGGAACAUGAGUCCCAGGCAGCUUUUAACUGGUUUUGCUACAAAUCUGUGUUCCUUUGCACUACAAUAAAAAGGAUUUGCUUCAGGGUUUCUGAUACAGGCUUCCUGAUGGUGAAACUGCACAGCUGUUGCAUUCAGCAGGUCUUCCAGCUGUAGUAUACUGGCAUUAAUACUCACAGAAGAGCACAGCUUUUCCUUCUAUAUUGCUUUUUGUUGAGUGUGCCUUACACAGCAGAAUCCGGAGCUAAGCUAUGCUCCCUGUUGCUGUUUCACACCCAUUUUCACUGGCAUCUUACUACCUUGGCAAACUACACAGGAAAGCGACCCUUGGCAUGGAUCACAUUGAAAUAAACAUUUUCAGCCUUCUUACUUCACUGUCUACCUGGAAUGAGUUAAUGACACAUUAGGAGGAAGCUGCUUCUUAACGUGAUAUUACCUGGGAACAUGACUAUCCCUGAGAACAUCCUGGUAACACGUAGGACAAUUAGUUGAAUGUCUUAGGCUUGAAUUAAUCCACUGCUCUUGCCAAAGAGAGGGUGCAGUGACUGAUCUCAUGGUGUGUGCCUCAUCCCGCAUGCAUGGUGGACUGGAGAAAUGACAAGAAGACCAUCAGUGGGUGUGUACAUAUGUGCAAAAGGAACAUAUAUAGGUGACUUAUAGGAACACAGUUGGGUGGAAGCUUCACAUCUGCCAGGAUUAAAGCUAGUCAUUGCUCUGGGAGAGAAUGUCUGCCCAUGAAGCAGCCCCCAUAAUAAAGAGGAGUUUUGAUACUACAGGUAUUGUUCUCCAGUGUUGUGGACCUGAUGCUCCAAAUGGUGGGAGUCUGAAAUUGGUACAAAGCAGAUGUGCCCUUUGGGCAUAUUCUCUAGAAUUGCAAGCUAAAGGUACAAGAGCUUCUAGUGUGAAUUGUGCCGCCAGCUAUGCUGCUGCUGUGCGGAGGCAGGAAUUGAGUCAGGGAUGGAGUGCCAGUUCCUAAUACUACUAUGGGCCAAAUUACCUGUGACGUUUUGUGUUUAAACAAGUGUGCUUGACUAGCCUAUUUUUAUUUUGGAGGGAAAGCAGCCACAAGGCCCUAAUCUGUAAUGUGCUUCCAAUUCAGAUAAGUUGCCAGGACUGGUUUUCUGCUGAACAUUAUUCCCGCCAAGCUGCUUUGUGCCCUUGAAAGUUGCAUGUAGUUUUGACCCUCGGCAGACAUCUGAUAGUUCAGAAGUACCAAGAUCUGGGGGCCAGGUUAGGCUCAAGGCAACCUGCUGCCAAAGCACAAUCAGCAAAUGCUAGCGGAUAAGGAAGACCAAGUUUCAAGAAGUCUUAACAGGCUGUCUUGUUUGACCUUCAGCUUUCUGUAACUGGGGUUUAUGGUGGCAUUCAUUUGCUGUGGUUAAUUCCGCAUAUUAUCAAAUAAUGUUAUGGUCUAGGACAGUGAUGGGCAACCUUUUGAGCUUGGUGUGUCAAAAUUCGCCAAAAAACCCGAGCAUAACUCGGGUGGUGUGUCACUUCGAGAAAAAAAACCAUAAUUUCAUGAUAUUUAUAGUUUAAAUAACAAAAAUGUAUAAUUGUAAUAUAUAACUGUAUUUAAUAAACCAAAACCUAAUUAUUUAACCAAACCAAAAACCCCUUAUUUAUCACAAAGUGCCCAGAGUUGUUGAGCUUUUUGGGGGGGAGCUGCUGACCAAAGUUUUGGA